AUGGACAUCGACACGAACUCGCCCGAAUUCAAAGAGGCCCAGCACCGCGCCAUUGAGUUCUACGACGCGGAGCACGACCUCACGGUCGACGAGCGGCGCCAAUUGCAGCGUUUUUUCCAGAAAACUGCGUUUUUCGUCAUGGGAUGCUCCACAGCGGGCCUCCUCGCGGGCAUGGGCCUGCCCAUCUAUUUCCGCAAGGGGAGCAAGAUCAGCCCCAUGCGGGUCGGCUGGGGAGGCGUGCUGGGCAGCAUGGCGGCCACCUGGGUUGGUGCGCCAGCACUCUACCGGCGAGAAGUGCAGAAGGCCAAGGACGACUAUGGCUCAGAGUCCAAGAUCUACAACGUCAUCCAGCAUACACCGCACGGAGUGUUCCGGAGCUACUUCUGGUCCUCCUACUUCGCAGAGACCGCCAAACACCCCGAACUGCGGAUCAAGGACCCGCGCGACGUCCAGAGCCGGCUCGUCGACCAGGGCGACGACAAGUCUGCCUGGGCCAAGCUCAGACACGGCGAAACCGAUACAAGGCAGCCGGCCCCAGUCCACACAGAAACAAGUUCGUCCGACUCGCCGUUCGACGCUGACCCGCUGGCAGACCCGUCUCCGCAGCCGCAGCCCGCUCGUCCUGCCUCCGCGUGGGAAAGAGUCCGCAAUGCUAAUAAGUAG